AAUUUUCCACCAUAUCCCCUUGUGAAAUCUCUCCCAUAAUAACCAAAAACUCUUACAAACCAACCAUAAGUGGGUUUUAUUUUCAGGAACAAGAUGCAUGUCAUAGAUUGGACUAUGAGAGGGCAAGAGCGGUGUUGGUAUGCCAACAACGAGAACAAGGAAGAGGUGGAGAUGUCACAAUUCAAGAAGUUGAGCCAAUCAAAUGAAGGUUAUGAUGUGGUAAAUGAGCUCUUCUCUUGGCAAUCCAUUCGUGGACGUGGGCCAUUAGGUUUAAAGUUAACGAAAACACCUGCUCUUUUGGAGCUUAUACAAAAGAAGCUCACAUUAACCUCCAAAGGAAAAGGAAAGCAAACAACAUGUGACGUACAAACAAUAUCUACUGCAAUACAAGGAAGGAAGCCCUGUUCACAAAAGUUGCAGGCUUCCAAUUUUCAAGCUUCCUCUCUUAGAAUUGGGGACUGGGAGUGGAAAUCAAUAUAUGAAGGAGAUAUUGUUGCAAAAUUUUAUAUUUCCAAGAAUAAAUUGGCAUGGGAAAUACUCCAUGAAGGUCUGAAGAGCAAGAUAGAGAUAAAAUGUUCAGACAUAUGUGCCUUGAGAAUAACUUGUCCCAAAGAUUUACCCGGGAUGCUGGAUAUUGUGGUGUCCGCGGUGCCACAAUUUUUCAUAGAAACCAAUCCACAGCCACGCAGGAGCACCAGGUGGCUUGCAACUACGGAUUUUACUGGUGGACAAGCAAGUACGCACAGUAGGCAUGUUCUACAGUGUGGCCCAGGGAUAAUGGACAAGCACAUUGAGAAUCUCCUCCACAAAGACCAACGUCUAUAUUUAUUAAGUCAGAGCACCAAAAAUUCAUAUCGUAGCAAUUAUGACAACCUGUUUGAGACUGGACAAACUCGGCAGUCAUUGCCACUUCAACCGAUGCCAACUGGAACAAUGACAUUAGGGCUAAAUGAUUCUGGAGCCCUGCAAGGUGUACACUUUCAAAGCUCAGGGCAGCGAGCUCCACUGAAGGAGGACAUGCUUAACUGGAAAUACUUUUUGGGCACGCCUCUCGGGUCACAACCUACCUCCAUGUCCAACUCUAAUGCCGGUAUCAUGUAUAGUAACUUUGGAAACCGCUUCGACAAUCACAUCAGUUCAUGGAACUUAUCUCCCAGUGCUGAUUACUCAUCAUUGCGUGAGAUGUAUGACUUGAAUGGCAGCCAUACCUUGUUGCCGAGUAACAGCAACUUAUCAUCGGAGACAAUGACACUUGAGCAGCUACGAGAAAACUUAUUGAGCGACAACGAGAUCGUGAAUGUGGUGGACGAAGAGGAUCUCAUGAGCAUGGUGAACUCCCUUUCCUGUUUGAUUGGGAAGAGUUCCCACUCCCAGGCAAACAAUAAUCUGGUCGCUCCUCCUCCUCUAGAUCUUGAACCAACCCAAGUCAUCAACGUUCCUCCUCCUGGAAGCAGCCCUCCAUGGACGGAGUGGCCAGGCUCACCAUGA